AUGGAUAGCCUCCCGCAAGAGGAGAUCGACUAUCAAUUGGCGCAUAUCAAUGAUAACCAAAGUGUUGUAAUCAUUGGUGUCUGCAGCGCCUUCGUCGGUUUAGCUAUAGUAGUGUUUUCUACCCGCUUACUGGCUCGAAAAAUCAAUGGCACUCCCCUUGGUUGGGAUGACUAUCUCGCAAUUGCCUCAAUAUUGCCGUUGAUUGAGUUGAAUAUCUCUACAUGCCUUUCGGCCGCUUUCGGUACCGGAAGACAUCAAGUAUGGGUCCUGAAAUAUGGCGACCUCGUGAAACUUGGAAAGGUUGAACUUGGUAUCUCAGUCGGUUACAUCUUCACAAUGGUUUUUGCCAAAUUAUCUGUACUAGCGCUAUAUGCCCGUGUUUUCACACUCAGUAAACGAUAUAUGAGAUGGGGGAUCUAUUUCGUCGGCACUAUAACGAUCCUGUGGUUUAUAAGCGUUACGCUUAGCGUCUUCCUCCCUUGCAAACCCCUUAGCAGCAUUUGGGGUGUGCCGACCCAGUGCCUCCCGCCAGAUUCAAUAAGUCUCACUUUUGCCGCCGUGAACCUCUCUACAGACAUCAUCGUCCUUAUCCUCCCACAACCUGCCAUUUGGAGCCUGCAACUUUCAUCCGUAUCAAAGCUCAAUAUUAGCAUUAUAUUUCUCCUCGGUCUUAUUGCCACAGCUAUCACCUUCGCACGUACGGUACUCCUUGGCCACUCCCCGAAUCACAAUUCGCCUUAUGACUCCACAUACAAUACAACCGUCACUAUUAUUUUCACCGUUCUCGAGCCGGCUUUUCUGGUGCUAUGCGGAUCACUACCUAUGGUACCCGGUCUAUUCAAAUUCAUGAAGUUUCCAGUGCUCAAGUCCAACAAGCUUGUUUAUUUGAAAACCUCUAGCCAGGGCUAUCUUCGCUGGAAAACAUCUCGCGAUGGGGAUGAAGGUCCGAACAGGACCGGAUCACACGACCAGCAGCCGCCAGGCAGCCGAGACGCCUGGAAUAAGACAAACACAGGUGAAUUUGAAAGCACUGAGAUAUUCGAUCUAGAUGCUCGUGAAAGCAAUUAUAGGGUGCAAACCCACCCAUGGGAGGCUCAUACUCCACGAGGUUACCAAGUAUGAACUUAUCUGGGAGCUCGUCUGUAGUGUAUAGGUAGAUUGUCCUUUAUAGUAUUUGAAACCUAGGAUUUAUGUUCGUAUAGACAGAAAAUCUAUGAGAUAGAAUUAUCCAAACCC